GAGGAAUUUCCUUACGAGGAAGUCUGUCGCAAGGCGCACGACAACAGCGGCACAUACAAACCCUGUGCGCUCAACAAUCGCAUUCCGACUAGACGCUUCCCCAGCAGCUUUGAUCGCCACCAACAGCUCGACGCGCCCCGGCCUGCAAACAUGGAAAACUACCAGAAACUCGAGAAGAUCGGUGAAGGUACAUAUGGAGUCGUCUACAAAGCUCGAGACCUUCUUAAUGGAGGCCGGAUCGUCGCAAUGAAGAAGAUCCGGCUGGAGGCCGAGGACGAGGGUGUUCCGUCAACAGCGAUUCGAGAGAUCAGUCUCCUGAAAGAGAUGCGUGAUCCAAACAUCGUUCGACUGUUCAACAUCGUGCACACUGAUGGCACCAAGCUCUACCUCGUCUUUGAAUUCCUCGACCUUGACCUCAAAAAGUACAUGGAGGCGCUACCUGUGGCGGAUGGCGGACGCGGCAAGGCGCUGCCCGAGGGCACUGGCCCACAACUGAGCCGACUGGGUCUGGGCGAUACCAUGAUCAAGAAGUUCAUGAGCCAGCUGUGUGAUGGUGUUCGGUACUGCCAUUCACACAGGAUCCUACAUCGCGACCUGAAGCCGCAGAACUUGCUCAUCGACCGCGAAGGCAACUUGAAGCUUGCCGACUUUGGUUUGGCCCGCGCAUUCGGUGUGCCUCUUCGGACCUACACCCACGAAGUCGUCACGCUCUGGUACCGUGCUCCAGAGAUUCUGAUUGGUGGAAGGCAAUAUUCCACAGGCGUGGAUAUGUGGUCAGUGGGAUGCAUCUUUGCCGAGAUGUGUACACGGAAACCACUCUUCCCCGGAGACUCUGAGAUUGACGAGAUCUUCAAGAUCUUCAGGUUGCUUGGCACACCCACAGAAGAGACGUGGCCCAGCGUCACAGAUGAACACAUCUAUCCCGACUUUAAGCCUUCCUUCCCCAAGUGGCAGCGCGAUCCAAACAUGAAGCUCUGCCCAGGUCUCAACGAUGCUGGUCUCGAUCUACUCGAGAUGAUGCUCGUCUACGACCCUGCCGGCCGCAUCUCGGCAAAACAAGCUUGCAACCACCCAUACUUUGAGGAUAACACCCCAGCGCCGCCGAGGCGAUAG